AUGGUCCAACUUGGGCCAAUGAAGAACAAAUACCAAAAGAAGCAGAAAUUUGACUUCAAAAGCAUCCAGUCCAGUGCAGCAAAAUUACGAUCGCCACCCAUGGUACCAUCGGUUGGGGCUGUACAGUGGCAGCAUCCCAUCGGAUGCAGCAGAAGUGGAAAAGAGAAGGCUUUGCCAAAGGCACAAAACAUCCUGGUCCACACAAGCCAAAUCAGAGUCAACUGUCUUGAAUUCGAGACAACAUACACAAAUGAAGGGCUGUCGGUGCCAAAUAGAGGCCAUUCAACACCAUGGGUAUCAACGAAAUCAGCAACGAGAAAAUAUCGUCGAUUCAUUCAGUCGCACCUUAACCGGAAAAACUCGGGCACAGGACGAAUCUGCCCCCAUCAUCAGCCCAAUUAUCUCCUUGCUCGUUGA